UUUCUGUCAUACACAUUCCUACGUCGUGCGAACGAAACAUCUGUAAAGUGACUUUCUGUGUGAAUAAUUCAAAUAAUUCUUCAAAAUGUUAGAUUUAUUCAGCAUCUUUAGUAAAGGAGGAAUAGUGCUGUGGUGUUUCCAGAGCACAAGCGAAAUUUUUUCGCCAUCUGUGAACGCUUUAAUUCGUAGUGUGAUAUUACAAGAGCGUUCAGGCAACAAUACAUUCAGCCAUAAUGCCUUAUCACUGCAAUACAAACUCGACAAUGAGUUUGAGCUGGUGUUUGUGGUGGCGUACCAGCGCAUCCUGCAGUUAUCAUAUGUGGAUAAGUUCCUCAAUGAUGUCCACCUGGAGUUUAGGGACAAGUAUAAGAAUGAGCUGCAAGGAGGCCACCAUAUAAUGGACUUUGACUUUAAAACUUCUUUUGAGAAGGUGUUACGGGAUUGUGAGAAAUGGGCUAAAUCGCAAGCUAAGAUUCCAAAACAAAUGAGAACAUUUGAAGACUCGCAGAAGUCCAAAAAGACUGUUGCUUCAAUGAUUGAACGCAGGGGAGAAGAUAAGGGGAAGAAAUCUGUAAAAAUAGUAGAAUCUAAGAACCUAACCAAUGGCAAGGUGGAGGAGUCUCCGGACCAGGAAGAUGAUGUGAUUGCCAUGAACAGAGCCAAGAUGGCGCAGAAACUGGCCUCCAAGGGCAAGAAGGAGCUGCCCAAGAAAUCUCCAAAGAGUCCUAAGGUGGAGCGCGUGAAGCAGCCCCGCGUGUGGGAGCUGGGCGGCGGCACACGGGACCUGCCCUCGCUCGACUUCAGCACCGAUAAACCAGAGGACGCCGACAACCAGAUCACGCCUGAUACUCAGCUAGUGGGUCAGAUGGCGGGCGCUAUCCGCGACCUGGAGGUGGAGUCGGACGAGAGCAGCAGUGAGGAGGAAGAGGAGAGACCCGCGCAGGCCGCGCAGAAGAAAUCAGGCGGCAUGUUCAGCAUUUUCAAGGGGCUGGUGGGGUCUAAGGCUCUGACGAAGGAGUCGAUGCGUCCAGUGCUGGACAAACUUCAGGACCAUCUGAUUGGAAAGAACGUCGCGGCUGACAUAGCUACCAAGCUUUGUGACUCUGUUGCUACUAAACUUGAAGGAAGGGUGCUGGGUACAUUCGACAGCGUGGCCAAGACAGUGAAGGCGACGCUGACGGAGUCGCUGGUGCAGAUCCUGUCUCCGAAGCGCCGCGUGGACAUCCUGCGCGACUGCAUGCACGCCAAGCAGCAAGGGAGACCAUACGUUGCUGCUUUUUGUGGGGUAAACGGCGUGGGCAAGUCGACAAACUUGGCGAAGAUAUGUUUCUGGUUGAUAGAGAACGACAUGUCGGUGCUGAUCGCGGCGUGCGACACGUUCCGCGCCGGCGCCGUCGAACAACUGCGCACGCACACAAGACAUCUCAACGCGCUGCAUCCCGAGACCAAGCACAAUGGGCGGAAGAUGGUGCAUCUCUAUGAGAAGGGAUAUGGCAAGGACGCGGCCGGCAUAGCAAUGGAAGCCAUCCGUUACGCGACAGACUCGAAGAUCGACGUGGUCCUCAUAGACACGGCCGGCAGAAUGCAAGACAACGAGCCUCUCAUGCGGGCUCUGGCCAAGCUCAUCAAAGUGAACGAGCCAGACAUGGUACUCUUUGUAGGAGAAGCUCUCGUAGGCAACGAAGCCGUCGACCAACUUGUCAAGUUCAACCAGGCCUUGGCUGACCAUAGUUCCUCGUCGAACCCUCACGUGAUCGACGGUAUUGUGCUGACCAAGUUCGAUACUAUUGAUGAUAAGGUCGGCGCUGCGAUAUCUAUGACGUACAUCACUGGCCAACCGAUCGUGUUUGUCGGUACUGGGCAGACGUAUACUGAUCUUAAAGCUCUGAAUGCUAACGCCGUGGUACACGCGCUUAUGAAGUGAAUGUGUGGGAGUAGCGGGAGUGUAGCUGCGUGUGUUGUCUGUCUUUAAAGACUAUCACUGUCAUAGUUUGAGUGUUUCUUUCUGUUGAUUACAUACAAUAUUGAUCAAAAUAAAUGAAAUAGAAGACUUUUUACGGAAUGAUUAAGUAAUAUGUAAUAAUUAUGUAAUAUCUGCAAACAAUGAUGUUUAUAAUACACUAAAAUGGAUUAAAAGAUAUGUUGAUUUUAAAUCGUAUUUGUGUCGUUAUGAUUACUGAUAUAUUUAAAGUGCUACAAGUACUUGGAAUAGUCUCGAACCGACAUACAUUAUAAGAUGAGUGGAGUCAGCACACGUAGCUACGUAGACAGAUAUAUUUGCAAUGUAACGUAACGAUUGGUGAUCAUUUACAACCUGCGUUCAACCAUUGUUGUGGUGUGUUCACAAAUAAAUGUUUAUUUUCUUA